GUUUAUUUUGCUACGUUGUCCUUCUCCCGCCUCUUUCAGCGUCGUUCUUAUUCAGCUAUGUGUUCUCUAGUUCAGGACCGUCGUCCUGGUGGUUUCUGCUUCGAUAAUUGUUCUAGGAACAAACUUUUGGAGGAGAAAGGCUUAGUUUCCUACAAAGCUAUGAAAACUGGAACUACAAUUUGUGGAGUAAUUUUUGAUGGUGGUGUGGUUCUCGCCGCUGACAAGAGGGCUACAGAAGGUAACAUCAUCGCCGAAAAAGCUUGUAACAAAAUAUAUUAUCUUUCCGACAAUAUGUUUUGCUGUGGUGCCGGAACGGCUGCAGAUACCUUUAUGACUUCUCGUCUGAUUUCUUCACAAAUAGAGCUUCACAGGCUUAAUUCUGGUCGUUUGCCACGAGUUAGUUUCCAAUACUACUGA